AUGAUUUCAAACAGCAGGUAUGCAGGGCAAAGGCUCGUCCGACCAGGCUGCUCAAAGUUUGCCAAUCGCAAUGGCAGUCACAAUGCUCCUACCAGCAUCCAUAAUUAUACUACCCGACGAUUUGCGUUCGAGCUCUCACGACAGAAGGCAGAAGGAAUCAAUGAACGCCUCAAACCAAAGCCAAAACCUCUGCCUCUGAACCUCCCAGAAGUUGACAGAACGUGGCAAAGGGUAUGGGCUAGCAAUCGACAGUAUAUGGGGAUUAGGGGUCCCGAUGCGAAGAAGUCGUAUAUUCUGCCAAUGUUUCCAUACCCUUCAGGGGAUCUUCAUCUGGGACAUCUACGAGUAUAUACUAUAUCGGAUGUUUUGGCGCGGUUCAAACAUAUGCAGGGCUACAAAGUGAUGCACCCUAUCGGAUGGGAUGCAUUUGGUCUGCCAGCAGAGAACGCAGCGAUUGAGCGAGGAAUCGAUCCGGCAGUAUGGACCAAGAGCAAUAUUGGGAAGAUGAAAGGACAACUAGACGCCAUGAAUGGCCAUUGGGACUGGGAUAGAGAGGUUGCAACUUGUGACCCAAGCUUCUACAAGCACACACAACGCCUGUUCCUGCUCCUGCAUGAACGUGGCUUGGCAUACCAAGCCGAAUCUCUCGUGAACUACGACCCAGUGGACAAAACUGUUUUAGCCAAUGAGCAAGUCGACGCAAGUGGCAAUUCAUGGAGGUCGGGGGCCAAGGUUGAGAAGCGCUUAUUAAAGCAAUGGUUUUUCAAAAUAUCUGAAUUCCGACAAGAGCUGCUAGAUGAUCUGCAAUAUCUAGCCAAGGAUUCCGCAUGGCCCGAAAGGGUACUGGCAAUGCAGAAGAAUUGGAUUGGAAAAUCUGUUGGGGCGGAUAUCAAAUUUCCUGUGGUAUCGAAUGAUCAACAAAGUCAUACUAACAUUAAAGUAUUUACCACACGGCCAGACACAUUAUUUGGUGUGCAGUACCUUGCUCUUGCAUCAACGCAUCCAAUUGUCCAAAGUCUCGCAAAAAGUGAUGUUGACCUGCAAGCUUUCCUAGACACAUUACCAGCGCUCCCACCAGACUCAAAGGUUGGCUACCUAUUGCCUAACAUCAGAGCUACCAACCCCCUUGCAGACGAAACGACGACACCGGAUGCAACCAAAGCUCCUUUGCCGAUUUUCGUUGCACCGUAUGUCCUCGGAGAUUACGGAGACGGUGCGGUAAUGGGAGUCCCAGGUCAUGAUACUCGCGAUUAUGCCUUUUGGAAGCACAAUCGAUCUGGCGAUCCAAUCCGACUGGUAAUUUCCUCUUCACCUACUAAAAAUCCUCAAAUCAAAACGAGCAAUCAGCCCUUCCUUCGUGAAGGCUAUUUGAACUCUCACAGCGGACCUUAUGCUGGACACACCAGUGCACAGGGUGCGGGGGAAAUUGUUUCCUUCCUCGAGUCGAAAGGCCUUGGAUCUGCUGCUGCAACAUGGCGUCUCCGAGAUUGGCUUGUAAGUCGCCAACGCUAUUGGGGAACUCCAAUCCCCAUUAUUCAUUGUGGAAGCUGCGGACCAGUCCCUGUUCCAGAAGACCAGCUGCCAGUCCAGCUUCCCAAGGUUGAGGAUCAUUGGGCGGAAGGAAAGACUGGAAAUCCCCUGGAAAACGCCCAUGAUUGGGUGAAUACGUCUUGUCCAAGGUGUGGGGAUGCGGCAAAGCGAGACACAGAUACCAUGGAUACGUUUGUCGAUUCAAGUUGGUACUUUAUGAGGUUUCCUGACGCAAAAAACAAUGACGCUCUAUUUUCACCUGAAGCAGCAAAUGCGUCCCUCCCUGUUGAUGUUUAUAUUGGCGGGGUCGAGCAUGCAAUCUUGCAUCUUCUCUAUGCUCGGUUCAUCUCCAAGUUCCUCGCUACAACGCCUUAUUGGCCAGCCGGAGCAACACAUCAUGGGGAACCCUUCAAAAAAGUCCUCACACAAGGAAUGGUUCAUGGGAAAACAUUCUCGGACCCUUCUACUGGACGGUUCUUAAAACCAAAUGAGGUUGAUCUUAGCAUACCCUCUAAGCCCCGUAUUCUCAGCACCGGAAAAGCUCCGAAUAUCAGUUAUGAGAAAAUGUCAAAGUCAAAGUACAAUGGAGUUGACCCCGGAAAAUGCAUGAGCAAAUAUGGAGCAGAUGCCACCAGGGCACAUAUUCUAUUCCAAGCUCCGGUCACCGAGGUCCUAGAAUGGGACGAGGAGAGAAUAUCUGGCAUAACACGAUGGUUGCGUAGACUCUACGAACAUAUCGAUAAAUUCGCUGCGGUUUGGGCAUACGCGAAUGCGGAAUUCUCUGACAUAUAUUAUCCAAGAAAUUACAUUCUGGCGGCUCAAAAGAUGAAUUCUGAGGCGUUACCGUUGAUAAAGGCUCUCCACUCUGUGCCAGAGAAUGAGGCAGACGAUAACUUUCCAAUGCGGCAACGCGAAUAUCGGAAUCAAGGAAUGGACCGGGGUGAACAGCUUUGGUUUGAGGUUCAAAAAACCAUUGUAAGCGUCACUCACUCAUACGACAACAGCUAUUCUCUCAACACGGUAGUGUCAGAUCUGAUGUCCCUGACGAACGCCAUACUCCACCAAUCGUUCCCCGUCACUCACGAUUUAUUGGAGGAGGACAAGGAGUCCGACAUUCCGAUUCUGGAUUUGACAUUACACCAACAUGCGGUAAGUCAGCUAGUCAAAAUGAUGGCGCCUAUCACCCCGGCAUUCGCAGAAGAAGUCUGGAUGAAAGUCAACCCGCAACUUUCGAAUUCCCCAACUUCCAUUUUCGUGGAACCCUUCCCGGAGACAGAUGGCACGUAUGAGUUGCUAGCUCCUACGAGGCGAAAAUGUGCGGUGCAGGUCAAUGGGAAGUUGAGGGCUAUCGUUCACCUGACGAUUCCGAAAGAAGAUAUGAAGGGUAAGGAGUUGGAGAUAUUUCUGGUACGGGAAAUCCUGGCUACGGCGGAGGCGAAGGAAAAGCUAAUGGGUGAGGGGAAGGGGCUAGCGGAUGUAAGGAAGGCGACGAAGGUUAUUGUUGUGCAAGGCGGGAAGACGCUCAAUUUUGUAAUGUAG